GGGCAGCGCAUUCCAUGGAACCAAGUGCUUUACAGUCAACGACGGACAACGCAGCGGAACGAUUAAGCGAGAGAAAUGUGCAGAAAAUAAAAAAAGAAAUUUAAUUUUAACAAGUGCAACAUAGCCCGGAUAUAUACGAGCAUACGUCUUGUCUGAUCAAGAAUAUUAAGUGCAAAGAUAUGGCUGCCAUGCAGUCGUCUAGCAGUCGUCCAAGGGAACGUCUUCUCUAUGCCUUUCGCGGUUGGAUAGCUUUUGUUGCAUUUAUGGAUCUAGGAACUGCCUUCCGUAGUUACAUCGAACGGCGAAGUUUUCUCGGCGAUCACAGUGAAACACAAUUUAUAGAGGGUGACUACACUAUAUCGCGCAUCAUUGGCAUGUAUUGUCUUUUGAAGGCAAUUGCUUUGGUCCAUUGCACUCUUUAUAUACAUUAUAGACCCGUUGUCAGCAUGGGUGGCUGCUCUUUGGCUCUUACCAUGGUUUUCUAUGCCACUGAGGCCUUAUAUUUCCGCUCCAGCACAUUGAAUUUUUAUGUGAUUUUCCCGUGCGUGUUGAACUCCAUCACAUUAUUGGGUUUGAUAUACAUACCGAAACACUUAAGGCUGUGGGAACCAAAUAUGGAUUUGGAUGAUGAGAAUUCUCAAUUAUUAAAGCAAAUGGGUGGAUUUAAGAGGCGUCGAGCGAAAAAAACCUAAGUAAUGUGAAUGUAUUGAAGUGAAAACAGUAUUGUUAUGGUGUAGAACGACUGCGAUUGGUGUGAUAUAUAUAUGACAAGAACAGUGAAAGAAAAUAAUCAUCAGAAUUAAUAGCAAUAUUGAAAACAACAACGCCAAAUUAGUGAUUUUCUAAAUAAUUAAGUCGCAAACGAGAGGUCAAUUCCUGACAUAAUCAUCUAAUCAAAUCAAAGAAAACAUUUUGUACUUCCUUCUUUUUAGCAAUUAUCUAGAAAUUAUAUUUAUAUAUACAAACAUAAUACGAAAUACGUUAUGAGCACUCAA